CUUAUGCGACCUCGAACUGAAAGAGACUGGAGGAGCAGUUGGAGGUUGGAGGUUGGAGUCGUUUAUGCCACAGCAUUUGUGUGUGUUUGUGCGACAGAACAGAUAGUAAUAAUGAUGUUGCAGUUGCAUUAUUUAUUUCGCUCGAGAUGCGAGAAUAUAUAUACUCAAAGCACUCGAGAUAAAAUUUAACUCAUAACUCGAACGCUCGAUCGUACGUCGCAUGACAGAUCAUGCAUUCCGGCUGUAAUCAUGCUGUUAUGUUACCGCAUUCGAUAAAUUAGACUGAAACGAGAGAGAAAGGAAUAAGACCGUUUCAUUUCAAUUGAAUUUGAAUGAGCGAUAACGAGAAAUACGCUUACGCGCAAGUCACGCUACAUUUAUAAUUAUAAUAUGCAUUAGCAGCCACGCAUUUAACAUUAGUCAUAUCGCUCUAGACUCUUUCGGAACAAUCUCUCUUUAUCUCUCUCUGGUGUUUCAAAGUUACUACUAUAAAACUAUCGUCGAUAUGGUAUCUUCGUGGUGUUACUUUAUUCUACCGAUUUUGCUUAUCGGCUUGCUCCGCAAGUGUCGCGAACGCAGUUGGGGAAGAUGCAGGAGUACCAGCAAUCUGCAAGGCCAAGUAUUUCUCGUCACGGGAGCGAAUUCUGGUAUUGGGAAAGAGACAGUUAAGGAAUUGGCCAAACGAAAAGCCACGAUAAUCAUGGCUUGUAAAGAUAUGCAGAGUACAAAGAACGUUAUAGUUGAAAUACGGAAUAAAAUAUCUACCGGCGAAUUGAUUCCAAUGGAGUUAGAUCUCGCAUCCUUUGCAUCCAUCAGAGAAUUUGUCAAUAAAGUGCUAAAAACUUUUCCUCACAUUCAUGUAUUGAUUAAUAAUGCUGGUGUAUAUGCACCACUUAAAGAUCAUGCAUUAACAAAAGAUGGUUUCGAAAUUCACUUUGGAGUAAAUCAUUUGGGCCAUUUUUUACUUACCAAUUUACUUUUGGAUCGCUUGAAGCAAAGCGCUCCCAGCAGAAUAGUGAUAGUAACGUCCAAACUUUUAGAAUCUGGCAUAAUAGACUUUUCAAAUUUAAAUGGUGAAAAAGGCUUAUCGGUAAAGAGUAGGAUGAAUCCUGGCUAUUGUAAUUCAAAACUUGCUAAUGUAUAUUUUGGUGCUGAACUUGUAAAACGAACAGAAAAUACCAGUGUUAAUGUCUAUAUGGUAUGUCCUGGAUUUACUUACACCGGUCUAUUUAGGAAUGUGAAGAGAAGCUGGUUUCACUAUAUUAUUUUUUCGCCUGUUGCUCUCAUGUUUCUACGUACUGCAAAUCAGGGUGCACAAACAGUAUUACAUUGCGCAACAGAAGCGUCAUUGUGCAAAGAAAGUGGACAUCUAUAUAGCAAUUGCAAACUUUAUGUCUCUAAAAAAGAAUUAGAUUCUGAAACAGCACUUCGUUUAUGGGAUAUAAGUGCUAAAUUAACUGGCAUAAAAGAAAUAAUGAAAUAACUAAUUUUAAAACAUAUACGUAUAUCACAUGUACUAUUGUAACUUCACUUUUGUUGUAUGUGUGUAUAUAUAUAUAUAUA